GACACUCGCUCGCCUGCCUGCCUGCCCGCCCGCCCGCCUGCGACCUGCUCUCGCUCUCUCUCUCCUUGAGAAAAUGGCUGCCGUACGCCGCGCUCGCAGUGACUCCCGCUGCGUGGUCCGCUUCUCCGACCGAGAACUCUACUAAAAUUCCCUUCCCGGCUUGUUUAACCGCUCGUAAGAGGAGGGGGUGAAGAAAACUUAAAAACCAGACAUUAUUCAAGGCACAAAAGACGGGGCCCGCGGCUGCCGGUCGUCACCGACGCUCGCGAAGAACCAGCCGAAGAGGCCGCUCGCGCCUUGAAACAGCCACAGCGCCCGCAGCCGCGCGAGAACGACCGUUGGACGGGCGGCCUGGGGUAGGAACUGCCUCGGCCUCAGCAUGGAUUGUACGUCAAGUUACUGUGACUCCGGUGUUUGUUCAUCACUGCUUUAUACAAAUGAGGCAGAAGGUGAAGAAGAUUGUCACUCUGACAUGGUAAGAGCAGAUGACAAUGAAAGGCCUGGGGAAGCAAAUCUUCAGGCAGAGCUCCAGAUGUUCAGAGCACAAUGGAUGUUUGAACUUACCCCAGGGGUGAGCUCUACGGGUUUGGAGGUUCGAUCCUGCAGAACGUCGGCAAGAGGGCCUUCAGUAAAGGCUGUAGAUACCAAAGGAAAGCUGGAACUAGCAAAAGAGGAAAAGGCAAGAGAACUGUUCCUGAAAGCAGUGGAACAAGAACAAAAUGGGGCUCUUUAUGAAGCUAUUAAGUUCUAUCGUCUGGCUAUGCAACUGGUCCCAGAUAUUGAGUUUAAGAUCACCUACACCCGAUCUCCAGAUGGUGACAGUAUUGGGAAAAGCUACAUUGAAGAUAAUGAGAAUGAUAGCAAGGUGGCUGACCUUCUAUCCUACUUUCAACAGCAAUUUACUCUUCAGGAAUCAUCCAUCAAACUGUGUCAGCCUGAGCUUGAUAUGAAUCAGACGCAUAUCUCAGUGUUGCCAAUGGAGCUGAUGAUGUAUAUUUUUCGAUGGGUGGUUUCCAGUGAUCUGGACCUGAGGUCUUUAGAGCAGUUAUCAUUGGUCUGCAGAGGCUUCUACAUUUGUGCCAGGGACCCUGAAAUCUGGCGUCAGGCUUGUUUGAAGGUUUGGGGCAGGACCUGUAACAAAUUGGUUCCUUAUACCUCAUGGAGGGAAAUGUUUUUGGAAAGACCUAGAGUUCGAUUUGAUGGUGUAUACAUCAGCAAGACAACAUACAUACGUCAAGGAGAACAGUCUCUUGAUGGCUUCUAUAGGGCAUGGCACCAAGUGGACUAUUACAGGUACAUGAGAUUCUUCCCAGAUGGCCAAGUAAUGAUGCUAACAACUCCGGAAGAACCUCAGUCUAUUGUUCCUCGUUUACGAACUAAAAACACAAGAACGGAUGCAAUCCUGCUUGGCCAUUAUCGCCUUUCCCAGGAUACGGACAAUCAAACCAAAGUAUUUGCUGUAAUGACAAAGAAGAAGGAAGAGAAACCAAUUGACUACCACAAGUACAGAUAUUUCUGUCGUGUCCCUGUGCAAGAAACCGACCACAGCUUUCAUGUAGGGCUACAGCUGUGUUCCAGUGGCCGCCAGAGAUUCAACAAGCUUGUUUGGAUUCAUCACUCUUGUCACAUUACUUACAAGUCUACUGGUGAAACAGCAGUCUCUUCUUUUGACAUCGACAAGAUGUACACCCCUUUGUUCUUUGCACGAGUGAAGAGCUUUACUGCAUUUUCAGAAAGACCUCUCUAAGAAGGUCACAUCUCUUACUCCUGCAUGAAAAAUUACAGCAAACAACACUUAAGUUAUAAAUGUGUGUAUAUAUAUACAUAUAUAUAUAUAUGAAUUUUAUUUUAAAAAUGGGGGAUCUUUUUGAAAGAUAUAUACUGGAAAUAAUUUGAUUUAGGGUGGCAGGGUUAUUUUAUUGGUUCUGAAGUCAAGUUUACACAUUAUUUUAAACUUGUUUAUGUUGUGAAAAGACUUUGAUAACAUAAAAGGCAUUUUUGCCAUGUCGUUUUAUGAGCAAAUUUAUAAGCUGUUCUCUUUCCAGCGUAAGGCUUCAUCUGCCUAUGCACCUUAAGUUCAGGAAUCGUUCUAAACCUACUGCUGUACAUAAGACAUGGUGUGCGUGCAUUGGGGGAAGGCUCAAAAUGUGAAGAAAUUGUCCUACAUCUGUGCGUGGCCUACACAAAUGUAAAAUAAAUGUUUACUUUGAAAUACA